GAUGAGAAGAAAAGGAUUGAGGAUCUGGGUGGAUGCAUCGCUUUCAUGGGUUGUUGGCGGGUAAAUGGUACCUACGCCGUUUCCAGAGCAAUAGGUGAUUUUGAUCAGAAGCCGUACGUCUCUAAUGAAGCUGACAGCUCAUCGGUCCAUCUGAACGGGGAUGAAGACUACGUCCUCCUUGCCUGUGACGGCUUCUUUGACGUGGUCCGGCCUGGGGACGUGCCGGGGCUGGUCCUGGAAGCUCUGAGGGAGGGCAAAGGCUCGGGGGAGGACGUGGCCCAAAGUCUGGUGGCCCAGGCCAAAGCUGCUGGAUCCAGUGAUAACAUCACAGUUCUUCUGGUGUUCCUGAAGGAGCCUCAGCAACUUUUGACCCACGAGACGAGCUCGAGAACAGAGGAAGGAGCUACGGCUGCAGCCACGAUCAUCUGAAAACGGGAAGAAAUUAUACAUGAUAGAAGCUGAUGGUCUUUACACCAUCUCGAAUGAUGUGAGUUGUUGAAUUUGAAAAGCAAGUCCAUUCAUGCAUUCAGAAGAAAGCAUUGGACGUCAGUGAAAGGCGUUUCCUCGUUUGUUUUUUAUUCCCCACCCAAGAAUGUCGGAUCCUUAUUAACUCUCUUUGUUGCUAAGUCUGAACUUGCUUUCAUUUUUGUUUCCAUUUUUUUAACUAUUUGCCUUGUUUUUACCAGCUUAUAUUUACAUUUACUGGUGCGUAAAACCUUUGAGACGUGUUAAGGACAUUUUUCAGUGCGUACUUUGUUCGUUGCACUCCUUAUUUGAUACGACUGUUACAACGGAGAGAAAACUAAUGUGAAUUGUCUUAACAGAUACAGUAUUGCAUUGCGUUUCGGACCACAUCGGCUUCAAUAAUGAAAUAGUCGCCCGUAAGGCCUUCAGCUCUUGUCAGCAGAUGUACUCCAGUGUUGUAGAUGGUUAGUAUUUUUAAAACUGUUA